AUGUACUCAUUCAACUGCCAAAUCUGCGGCGUCGACAUGGCCACCGCCCGCAUCCGCACUCCAGAUGAGCCGCCCAGCGCGGCUUGGAACUUCGAGGGUGCCGAUUACGUCGGCUUCGGUAAAUGGCCGCAGCAAGAUGAGUUUGAGGACAGAGACAACCUAGAAUGCGCAACGGAGGAUCGGGGGCCAACUAGACCUCCGGAGGUUAAUGCUUGGCCGGACGAGGACGACGAAGAUGACCCAGAUUGGACACCGGAUGCACAGAGUUCCAGCGAUGAAGAGCCUCUGGAGUAUGAUUCCGAAUGGGAGUCUGAGAGUGAAGGUAUCGAGACCGGAGUUUCAUCCAUGUCUGUUCAGGAGGACAGCAACUGCUCUAAUAAUGCACCCGACCAUUAUCCUCUUACGGAUCUCUGCGAACGCCAAUUUCCUGAUCGUUUACCGCAUGGAACAUGGCACAAUGGUUUGGCCUAUUACACAGGCGAUCGACAACAUCCACAGAAAUGGUCUCUACUAGGCCUUGGCCAUUCAAACGCGCCCCCAGAACACAUCGCCUCACCCUCAUGCCAAAGCAUGCAAGGCAUCAAUGGCCAUGCCCUCAGCGUUGCACAAAUGAAGAACUGUCGAAAUAUCCGAUAUCUCGUCCCCAAGCCGUCCAAUUGGAAAGCUGAUUCAAGUGACCAACUUCUCGAGGGGAGCCGGGAUAAUAUGUUCUAUGUAUCUGGGGAGUCAAACGGGUCAAACAUGAUUGAGAGCAGAAAUUUCAGAGGUAUUCACUCAAUUUAUCCACCACGACAUGGAUUGAAGGAAAUAAGUACCAGUUGGCUGUUUGUCACUGAAGGUUGCCUGGAGCUUGAAGAGUUGUUGGCUCCACUCCCAGUGCAUUCAUAUUGUCUAGAUAUAUAUGCAAAAACUUCACUCCGUCGUCUAGGAUACGUUGACCUGAAUGGACUGUGGCACUGGCGCGAGAUGCGAAACAUGCCAGCUGCAUACGGCGUUGAAGAUCGUAUUCCGGAACGAAUACGGAAACAGAUACACUUGCCGCAACUGCAACGAGCCCGCCAGCAGUGGGACUGGCCUUGGUGCCAUAUCCCUGGCGAUGAGUGGCUUGCUGCAAACCCUGUUGAGAUCCCCGGUAUAUCUCGAGUCUUGGUGUCGUGCAUGAAAGACCUGAACAUCAAGGGUUACACCGAGCAGACAACACGGCUCUUGACCCUGCCUGCUGAGACUAUUCAACAUACUCUAUCGUUUCUUAACAUAACCGACCUUGAAAACGCGGCCAAGACUUGCAGAGCGAUGUUCAAGCUUGUGCAGCCGAUAUUCAGAAUAAAUGUAUUGAGGGACAUGCCUUGGCUUUGGGAGGUUCUUGAGAGUAACGAAUAUCCUGCGUCUCGUUACUGCCUACCAACAUGGGAUCCUCUCUGCCCUCUUGGUAUGCCACCACCAACACUCCCUGUCGGAUUAGAGUCUGAAGAAGAGGAGGAGGAUCGAUGGGCACUGAUUCUGUUUGAGGACCCUGAAAUGGAGGAAAUCUGUAAUGUGACCAAGGCUGUUAACCGUCAGCGCCGAGAGGAGAUCAUAGCACCUUAUCGUGAAAAACUCAAGACUUUACAGCAGGAUUGGCACAGCUUUCGUAAAAAUGUGGAGGCCUGGAUGCAUGGCAGGAGAGAGCGGCGUGAUAUGAAUUGGAGGAGAGUAUGGCUUCUAUUCAACCCUGCGACGAGCCCAUUGCCGGGUAUAAGAAAUAGGGCGAGGAUCUGGAAAGAUUGCGAGAGUAUCAUGCACUUUGUUGCUUUGGCUCAUGAGGGAGAUGAUAUGGAAGAAAGACAUAACGAGUUGAAGGCCAAGAUAUCGGAGCUGGUAGAUGAGAGCUCAUAUGGGCUGCCUGAUACAGAUCCAGAUGUUCCAAGUUGGUUACAAGAUAAUAAAUAG